GUUGACUUAUCAAAAUCGGUGGUUGUUAAAUUUUUGAUAAGAGACAACGAUGCAGCGUUAGACUUGGAAGCUCCCGUAUAUCAAAGGCAAUGUUUCGGGAUUGGCGUAAAUCCAGACAUAAGCGAUGGCAGAAAGUGCAGAAGGACCAACCAGUGAUCCUGACUGAAAGGGAGACGAUGAUAGUGUUUGUCUACGACACAGAGUGUCUGAUAGACGAGGCGGAUGAUCCCAUAUCGGCUGUACUCUACUUCCAUCCAAGCUGGGUGUCCGACUCUCAGAAGGUGGCUCUGUGUGGACAACUUAUGGGCACCUCGUACUUCCUCAAGGAUUGCUUCUUUAAUCCACGCAUCCUGUCCCUGCAGAAUGGAAAGUUCGUGCUUAAAGAAUUUGGACGUUUUAUACUGGCUAUUGGCACUGAUCGGAAUAUUGGAGAUCAACUGUUGGAACAUCGCGCCGAUUUGCUGAGUUCCCUGCUCAAAUUUUUCCACCGAGAUGUGCAGACCCUGUAUGCUCAGUACGGUGUCCUAAAUCGCCGGAAUCUCAGCGAGAAGCUGUACCACAUCUUUGAAACAUAUCUGCCGAUGCUGCAGCGCAACGGAAAUACAUUUCAGAAUGUGCCCAGAUUACGAAUGCCGAAGACCGCUAGUCACAUCUUCUUGGAGGCCAUCCAAACGCUGCAGAGCUGCCAGCAGACAAAGGGAAUCCUUGGAGGAGCCAUUCUGUACCACAACAAAGUGGUGGCCUCUCAGUUGAGCGAUAUGGUGACGAAGCAUUUGGUACUCACAGAUCCUCUCCACAUCCGCACAGCGGCCGAACCAGUGACCAAUGAACAAGAGUUCCACAUACCGCAUGGCGUCCAGAUGCUGGUGGUUUACCUGGAGCAAAUGCAAUACCGUCAGUUAGUUGGCGAGGCACAGCGUGCCCAAAACCUGCAGAUGAGCACAGCACAGCUCUCCCAGAGCGGCGUGCCAUUUCAGUAUGCGAAGCGGAAGAUAAAGCGGGAUAAAUCGUUAAUCUUUACCCAUAUUCCCGAAGAGGAGCAUGCACCGGAGCAGACAGGAGCAAUGGAAUUGCCACCAGCUAGGCCUAAAUCUAUGAGACCCACCCACCUGCCGUUGCGUAUAAAGAGCAUGCAGAGCAAGGAGCUCCCGGAGUCUGGCAUCGCAUCAAUCAACUUUGAUGAAACCGACUCCUAUCCACAAUUUAUUGGACGUACCAGCGUUUGCAACACUCCCAUGACCGAGAAUAAGGUCCUGCCGGUGGCCAAUGUAAUGUCCAUUUGCGCAAAUCCCGAAGAUGAGGGCAAAGAGGAGGAUGUCCACAAUUCCAAUGGGAAGACACACUCGCGACGAAAUUCUUUGAAAUUGGAUGUGGAGAAAUUCUUCCAAAACUUUAUUAGCAAUCCAAACAAGCAACUGACAAGGCGUAAAUCUUCUGCCGAUCUGCAGGAUGCCCUUCGUGCCAUUUCCAAGAAACUAAACAAUUUCACACAUGGAUUCAAAACAGAUGUGAAUCGAAAUGGAAGUGGUAGUACCGAUGCCUCUUCCGGUUCACCGGAUUUUAUAGAGGACGACGAGAAGGUUACUUCUCGAACCAUCAGCGAUCCCACCUAUCCGGUAUUUAACACCAACGGCCAGCAGAUUUCGCGGAGCUUGUUUCAACAGUUUCUGGAUCAGUAUCGCAAACUGUGGGGUGCUGCUAGCGAGCAGGCACACCAGGAUGCUGAGCUCGCCGCUCUGGUUGCCGAAUUCCAGGAGUUCAACGCUGAGAUCCAAAAGCUUGAUGAACACAUGAGACAGCAGGCGGCGGAGGCAUCCUCCGCAGAUCGGAAUCUCAACAUUUCCGCAGCUAAAACGCCGCUAGAUAAGCGUUCCAUGACGUUGCCAUUGAAAUCAGCAGGAGAACCUACGUUUGGAGAGCGUGCAUCCGGUCGCAGUGGAACUGGAGGAGUACCAUUGACACCACUAAUGGCAAAACUAUCGGUUCUGGCCCUAAGCGAAGCUACGCCCAUCGAAAUACAAACACCGUUAACAAGUAGUAAAGUUUUCCCACGGCGCAGUUCCCUGAAGUGCGAGGAUGCAGUGGAUGCUUUGGCUGUUAUGCCCUCUGCUCCUGUUCAGCCUCCGGGUCCCAUUCAACCAGAUGGCUUGCAGAGGACUGAACUCUAUAUAUGUGGUCAGCAAAAUAUGACCUUGCUGUUGCUCAUGGAGCAGGGUACUUGUCAGCAGCAACAAGUGGUGCAGAAGAUGUUCGAUAUCUGCGUGGCCAAGUUCCCGCACAUGGAAUCUCAACUGAAUCAGACUCUUAACGUAAAUGUUGAGGGUGACAAUCGGGAUAGCAGUAACUAUAGCUUCAUGUGCGUCGACUCCAAGUGGGAUGUCCUUCAGCGUAAUGGGCCUUGGAAUCCCUUAGAGCUUAAUAUCGUAGAGAGCAUGCACUCUAUACAUUCCAGUGGCCAUCAUCUUACAGAUUUAAUCUUAAGAUCCCACGACUCCGUUUACUAUGGCCACAAGAACGGAAGGACUGAGUUCUUCUACAAGGAGCCUACCCAUCAGAUCAAUGGAAUACCACCGCCAUCGGAUCCCAUUGGGAAUAUACAAAUGCGAGCCAAGUCGCGACUGGAACGUGAUCAUUCCUACAUGCUGUUCUAGGCUGUACAGUGGAUCGUAUAUUAUAAACAUAUUGAAUACUCGCAUGCUUAGCCAAAAACAGAAAAUGUUAACCGGCAAGCCAGAUAGUCUGGUCCCCGGAAAAUAGCCAACUUUAUGCCAUCCGCCGUUAUUUACUUUGCGAUCUCUGGCUGAUUCCUCUGCGAGUCUUUGAUACUGGUUAGGAUAAUGUUUCCAUAUCAUAUACAACACAAACCAAGGGAACUCAAUUUUAAACGAUCUAAAUUUUACUUUGACUUUUUAUACAAACAAUUUACAAGAGACAUUGCCGAGCUUUUUAACCACCAUUACGAUAGACUCGCUUAGGAAACUAAAAGAUUUUAGAUGCAUCGCUUUCAGCCAGCGAAUUAUUUUGCCUUGUUUUAUCUUUCACUUGAUUGAUGUAAAGUACAAAAAAUGUUUUACGCUUUGUUUACAAUGUCCAGCACUGUUGUUUAAUUUAUAAGCUUGUAACCUAUAAAAUUAUUUUAAUUCAUUUGCAUUUGCUUAGACCGAAGAGAUGCGACAUUUUGCACUGAUUUCGAAAGCCAAAGAAAAGAGUUUUAAUUGUAAAUAGAAUACAAAAUUAGAUUCGUUUAGAUGGAAUUAUUUGUAACUAACUUAAACUCCACACAGAUUCCAUUCUGUCCAUAUGCAAGCAUAAACUUAUCUUAACUGUUUCUCAUUAUCAAAUAUUAAGCGCUUUGUGCCAAUUUAAAUGCAGGUCAAAUGCUAAAUAACCGUCGAAUGUGAAGGAACGUGAGAACGAAUGUUUUUAACCAUAUGAAACAUAUUAGCAGUGCAAUAGUGUGGAAAUGAACUACUAUUUUGAGAGUUUUGCGUUGACUUAGCUUAAAUAUACAUACAUAAAUACCUAACAACAUUAUUUAUAUAUAAAUAUUCAUAUAUAUGAUACAAAGACCGGUAUUGUUUUUGUAGAUUUUCAAGAAUAAACCGACAAACCGUUGUCUGUGUUUGAGAAA